CGGCCGCAGCCGGCCGAGCGGUCGACCUCGUAGCCGAGCAGCGGCGUGCAGAGCCCGUCGGCCACCUGCCCGGCCAGCAGCAGCCCGCCGGCCAGCGCGUGGCUGUAGCGCAGCACGGCGUGCAGGUAGAGCAGCAGGGGUCCUGACCGGAGCGGCGUUGGCGUUGGUCUGCGGGAGCUGCCCAUGGCCCACAGCACGAAGCAGCUGGCUGCAGGGAUGCUACACACCACAGGCAAAGCUCAGCAUGGCAACUUCCUGGUGGCCAUCAAGCAGGAGAAGGGGGAGGUGGCCCGGACGAGCAGCGAGAAGCCACACGGCGAGGAGGAGCCGGUGAAGAAGAGGGGCUGGCCCAAGGGGAAGAAGAGGAAGAAGAUCCUUCCCAAUGGCCCCAAAGCCCCUGUGACUGGCUACGUCCGCUUCCUGAACGAACGGCGCGAGCAGAUCCGCACGCAGCAUCCUGACCUGCCCUUCCCAGAGAUCACCAAGAUGCUGGGGGCUGAGUGGAGCAAGCUGCAGCUCUCAGAGAAACAGCGGUACCUGGAUGAAGCGGAGCGGGAGAAGCAGCAGUACAUGAAGGAGCUGCGGGAAUACCAGCAAUCAGAGGCCUACAAGAUGUGCACGGAGAAGAUCCAGGAGAAGAAGAUCAAAAAAGAGGAUGCUGGCUCCGCAGCAGUGAACACCCUGCUGAAUGGGCACCCACAGAAGGCUGGUGAGUGCGGUGACACCUUCUCCACCUUUGAUGUCCCCAUCUUCACGGAGGAGUUUUUGGACCAGAAUAAAGCACGGGAGGCCGAGCUGCGGCGCCUGCGGAAGAUGAACACAGAGUUUGAGGAGCAGAAUGCUAUCCUGCAGAAGCACACGGAGAGCAUGAACUGUGCCAAGGAGAAGCUGGAGCAGGAGCUGGCCCAGGAGGAGAGGCAGACCCUGGCCUUGCAGCAGCAGCUCCAGUCUGUGCGGCAGGCCCUGACCACCAGCUUUGCCUCUCUCCCCAUCCCUGGCACUGGGGAGACCCCCACACUGAGCACUCUGGAUUUCUACAUGGCCAAACUGCACAGUGCCAUCGAGAGCAACCCGCUGCAGCACGAGAAACUGGUGGUUCGCAUCAAGGAGAUCCUGUCCCGGAUAGCCAGUGAACACUUAUGAAGAGGACCAAUCCCUCCCAGAGCCUGGGGCCGGCCGGACCCCGGCCCUGUCCCUUGGAGCUCCCUCAAGGGACAGUCUCUGCUGGGGGUCCGGCUGCUUUCCCCGCCACCCUGCACACAUCUUGCUGGAGAAGUGACUGGGUGACUCCUCCCGGCCUCAGUCCGGUUGGGCCCUCUGGGUGCAGCGUCUCCGAGGACCUUGAGCUGCCAAGGACCAAGCAGCGGCGUGGCCAAGAGAUCCAAGCUGGUGUGGUGCCGGGCGAGGAGAUGGUCUGCGGUGGGCGCAAGCAGCCUCUCUCUGCUCUGCCGUGAGCUGCCCAGCUCCUGCAGCCUUGGCUGGGCAUUGCCUGGCAGCUCUCGCUCACCAAACCAGAGACUCCCCAAAGGGGGUCUGAUGCCGAAUGAGGCACCAUGGCCUGUGCCUUACAGGCCUGGGAGUAAAUUGGCCUCUUUAAAGGUGACUGUCAGGGGCUGCUUGGCAGCUAUAAUAGGCCUUUAAGGAAAAAGAGGGAGUUAAAACCCAGCCCUUCCUUUAGAGCCUCAUCUCUCCCUGUUAGUAGGGAUGUGACCUCAUUUUAAAGCAGCCUUUCAAAGUGUUUGACUUGAGACUCCUGUCCCUUUGCCCUGUCCCUCACUAAGUGAGCCCUGGAUGAGGGACGCUGUGCGUGGUGGGGGACAGCAGCGUGCCCUGGGGAGCGCCCCAGGAGCAGCCGGGGCAUCCUAGCCCAGCCCCUGCCAGUUAAUCGGUUUGGGAACCCUCUUGGAGCUGUGGUUGGGUGAGCUGGCAGGUUUCCUUCCUGGCCACAUCUCGCUUUAUUUAAUCUUCCCGGUUCCCUUCACUGCUCCCCAGCAGGUGCCUUCAGCCCCGCUGCCCCCACAUGCCCCUUCGCCCAUCUCACCCUGCCUCGGAGCCCCCGGCUGCCUCCCACUCUUGGCCUCCCCAUUCCCUGUGCUGCAGGGGUGGAACAGGGACCAACCCCUUCCUCCUGGCACCGGGGCAGCCUGCGGGGUGGCUUGCUGGGACCUCAGGUCAAUCCUGCAUCGUGGGACCACUGUGAUGGCAGCCGUGUCCUCACGGUGCUGUACUGGGGUUGGACAUCCCCACGGCUGCCUGUCACUAAUCUCAGAUUGUAUAAUUAGAGUGUCUUAUUUUCUUACUAGCACUAUGUGGAUCCAGCCCUGGGUAUAACCCAGGGGCUGGUGUGUGGCCACCCGUCUCUUGCGUGCAAGGUCGAUGCUCUGUAGAUAAGUCUCCUGGUUGCCAUCUCCUGGUGGCCGCUUGGCUUACGAUGGAGAUGGGAGCAAAUAAAUAUGGGAGAAACAAA